CCGGUUGAUGAGGUGAGUGCUCCAGCUCCACUCCUCGCUAGCUGCACUGGCGGGAUAAGCCUGUCCGUCCCCCAUCGAUAAGGCUAGCGCCGCGUGGGAACCACCGCCGCCAGCCAGCCAAGCUUGUGUGUGCAACACCUCAAGCUACGAGGUUGAGUUGGAACAUCGCAACAGCGCUGUUGCAUUAACAACGUACAAGAUGUCCGCCGCCGCUGCUGCUGCGCAUAAGGAUCGGGAGUUUUUGGCUGUUAUCGGGGAUGAGGACUCAGUAACCGGACUACUCCUCGCAGGAGUCGGACACGUCACGCCCGCGCCAGACUCACAGAAGAACUUCCUCGUCGUAGACGCCAAGACCGAGACAGCGGAUAUCGAGGCUGCAUUCCAGAGGUUCACGACGGAGAGGAAGGAUAUUGGGAUUUUGUUGAUUAAUCAGCAUGUCGCAGAACGCAUCCGCCACCGCGUCGACACCUACACAGCCGCCUUCCCCGCCGUCCUCGAGAUCCCGAGUAAAGAGCACCCCUACGACCCCGAGAAGGACAGCGUGUUGAGGAGGGUGAGGAGGUUGUUUGGGGAGUAGAGUAGAUGGGUUCUACAUUUCCUCUGCUGCUUCUUUACUAUGCGGGUGAGGGGGUAGAGGAAGAGGGGAGAG